CAUAAUGUGAAAAGUGACGAUGAAAUAGAAACAUAAGCCAUUAACCAAAUGUGAAAAGAAAGUGACGCUGACAGUGCUGGAAAGGACUGGCAAACAGCGUGUGUGAUUCAAUAUGCACCCAUCUUCCUGUGACACCUUUGUGGCUCUGCCGCCCUCCACCGAGGGACAACGCAUCGUCUUUGGGAAAAACUCUGACAGGCCUUGUGAUGAAGUCCAGGAGGUGGUGUAUUUUCCUGCCAAAGACUGUGCUGAAGGGGAAAAGGUGGAGUGUACAUACAUCGAGAUUGAGCAGGCGGCCCACACUUACGCAGUUGUGUUGAGCAAACCAGCGUGGCUGUGGGGUGCAGAAAUGGGCGCAAAUGAGCAUCAAGUGUGUAUUGGAAAUGAAGCAGUGUGGGGGAGAGAGAGUGCUGAUGGUGACGAGGCUCUUCUCGGCAUGGAUCUUGUCAGGCUUGGACUUGAGAGAGCUGAUACAGCUGAGAAAGCUGUGGAUGUCAUUGCUGAGCUGCUUAAGAAAUAUGGCCAGGGAGGCUCAUGCCUGGAAGAUGAGUCUGGCUUUACCUACCACAACAGUUUUCUCAUCUCAGACAGGAAGGAGGCAUGGGUGCUGGAAACUUCAGGGAAGUACUGGGCAGCAGAGAGAGUGGAAGGUGGAUAUCGCAACAUCUCAAAUCAGUACAGCAUAACAACUAAGAUAGACAAAGAACAUCCAGGUAUGAGGGAAUAUGCACAAAGCCAAGGCUGGUGGGAUGGAAAAACUCAGUUCAACUUUGCCACGGCGUACUCCUUCAUGACUACAGCCAGGAUUGACGCCUCCGGGAGCCGAUACUGUGAAGGGAAGAAGUUGUUGGAGAAGAGCAACGGUCACAUCACUGCUGAGACAAUGAUGGAUAUCUUGAGGGAUAAGGAAAGUGGCAUCAACAUGGAGGGCAUGUUCAUGACGACAGGAAGUAUGGUUUCUGUGGUACCCACAAAUCCUGAUCUGCCAGGGGUUCACUACUUUACAGCAACUCCAGACCCUGAAAGAUCUGUAUUCAAACCCUUCAUCUUUGUGAAAUACAUUGAAGGAGAUUGGAAAGACACAGCUUCUCCCAGUUAUGGUUCAGAUGACCCUGUAAAGAAGAAGCCCCGCUUCCAGAGCAAACCUGACCGCAAACACAAGUUGUUUUCCAAGCAUGAGGUGGUGGCUGCCAUCAUUGACAGCAACAAGGACAGAAGACAGAAGAUUGUGCAAAGUAUGAGACAGCUAGAAAAGGAGAAGAUGACAGAGAUGGAGAAGAAUCUUUCACAUGGUAUUGAGGAACCAGAUUUUUUGGUGAAUCUGUUCCCAGAAUGUGUUAAAGAGGAGAUGAAUGUGUACAGCAAAAGCUGAGAAACCUGUGACUUGUUGGUCACAGAAAAGCUCUCUAGUGUAUCAGUGGCAGUUUGUGCCUCUGCAGUGUAUCUUUAAUUCAGAUACAAAUACUCACAUGCUGCUAUGAUAGAUCAGUAUAUCAGAACAAAUGAAAAUCAGCCACCAUCAUUCAAAAAUUAGGCAUUAAAAUUCAUGAAUCCUGUGUUAUACAUUAAUGACUAAAAUGUUCACUUUUCAUUAAUGUAUAGAAUCAUUGACCAGGAAUACACGCAGAACAUAUUCAUUAUGAGAUACAUGAUUUAAGGGUUCAGUAGUAAAAUUUAUUUAAAAAGCACUAAAGACCAUCAAUAUGCAGCAUUUUACAAGAAUUGUGUGCUACACAUUGUAUUAUAAUUAUUCUAUUAAAAUGUUUACAUCAGUGUUCUCAAUAUGAUUGAGUUAAUAAUAAAUACAGACAUUUGCAUUUAAAACCACAAAAAUAGUUAACUGAUUAUAUGUUGGUACACCUGAGAGAAAAAGAUGAAUCACAGCAGCUUGUUUUUCCCCAACUUAAGUUGAUAUGGUUUAUGUGAAGGAUGACACCAUGUACCAAAUCACAUUAUACUCACAGCUUAAUAAAAAGGUGAUUACGCCA